UUUCAUUAUUGUUGAGAGAACAUCGAAGCGAGAGUAUUCACGUUCUAACCAACAGUACAUCAACAUCACUUAAAGAAAUAUUUGAUAAGCAAACAUGUUUCUACUAGGAUUAUUGUGCGCCUUCUUUAUCGCUGUCUCAGCGGAAGAUAUGGAGUCUUGUUACGAAAAAUCUAAAAAAGCUUGUAAUUCUUUAGAUUUUGUAGAUAAAAAAGCAUUGUUCACAAAUUGUAAUGCUGUAUAUGGAAAUAUCAUGGAAUUGCAGACUGAACUCCAAGCAUACGCAAAUGCUCAUAUUGAAUCCAGUUUUGAAUUAUUGUUAAUGUCAACUCAUUUUGGAAAUUAUGAAGCUAAUCGAGAUGGUUUUAAGGGAUUAUAUCGUAAACUUUCAGACAAAACAUGGGAAGAUGCUAUUAAUAUAAUUAAAUUUAUUACCAAAAGAGGUGGUAAAAUGAAUUUCAAUCAACUGCCAAGAAUUAAGGGAAAUGCACAAGUUAAAAGUAAAAAAAUACUCCAGUUUAAUGAAAUUCAUAGUUUAUCGAAAGCACUUGAUAUUGAGAAACAACUUGCCGAAGAAGCUUUAUAUAUUCAUUCAAGAGCACAUCACUCCAAGCAAGAUGCUUCUGUAGCUCAUUAUUUAGAAGAACAAUUCAUGGAGCCCCAAGCUGAUUCUGUGCGUCAAUUAGCUGGACAUAUAUCUGAUCUUAAGAAAUUAUUAACAGAUCACGAUGCUUCUGUUUCUGUAUUCUUGUUUGAUGAAUACCUUAAAAAAAUUCUGUAAAUUUUAUAAAUCAUAAAUAAUGCACUUA